AAAUCUUUAGCAUGAUUAUGACUUGUGAAACAGCAAAGCAAGCUUGGGAUGCGAUUUAGCAAGAGUUACAGAGAAACUAUAAGGUAAUCCAAAUGCAGAUUCUUAACUGGAGAAGAGAAUACGAGAUACAAAUGAUGCCUGAGACCAAGACUAUGAAGGAGUAUGCUGACAUGGUCAUGAAGAUUGUCAACCAAAUAAGGUUGAAUGGUGAAAAGAUUAGUGAUAGAAGUGUGGUUCAAAAAGUUCUUGUUAGUUUGCUUAAGAAAUUCGAGCCCAAGAUAUCCUCAGAGGAUUCUAGAGAUCUUACUCAAAUCUCAUUGUUUGAACUUGCCAAUGCUUUGCAAGCUGUUGAGCAAAGAAAGUCUUUAAGGCUUGAAAACAAACCUAUUAAAGGUGCUUUGGUAGUCAAAGAAGCUAGUAGAUCUCAAGUGAUAGACGGCCGAAAAAAGCAGUUCUUUGAAAGAAAGGACAAGGAGAAAAAGGAGUAUCGAGGCAACAAGUACAAAGGCAAAAGGGGUAGUUUUUUCUAUUCUAAUUGCAACAAGAAAGGCCAUACUGAGAGUUAUUGCUGGACUAGACUUGGUCUGCAAUAUAAACUCUGUAAACAAUUUGGCCAAGUUGACAACAUCCUCAAAAACAAGCCGGUACAAGCUCAAUUAGCAGAAAAUAAUGAGUGACAGGAGGAGCAAUUGUUUUUUGCUUCCAAAAUUGAACGUUGCCAUGUUGUGGAGUCUGGAUCUUCAGCGUGGUUGAUUGAUAGUGGUUGUAUUCACCACAUAACUCCAAACAGAAAUCUUUUCAAGAACUUGGAUUCAAGCUAUGCAUCUAGAAUAAAGCUUGCACAUGGUGACUAUGUUGAUGUUAAAGGAAAGGAACUGUAGCUACACAAAAUUAAUUCACAAUUUGUUAUAUGUACCUAGUAUAAGUCAAAGUUUGAUAAGUGUUGCUCAAUUGCUUGAAAGUGGCUACUCCUUGAACUUUUGUUACAAAUCAUGUGACAUUAAUGAUGCUUCUGGUGUGAAGCUUCUAUCAGUUAUGAUGAGUGAUAGAUGUUUUCCAGUAGAAUGGAAAGAAAUUCAAAUUAAAGCUUGUACUAGUGUUGUUGUUGAUGAAAUCUGUUUGUGGCAUGAAAGGUUAAUCAUAGCUCCUUGAAAAUGAUGCAUGGCAAGGGAAUGACUUGUGAUGUACUAAUUGUUAAGGACUGUAGUGAGAUGUGUGAAGUUUGUCAGUUAGGGAAAUUAAACCAAUUUCCUUUUC